AUAAAAACUUGUCCAAACAAAUUUAGAAUUGAACAAAAAAAUUUGAGAUCUGAACCCUAGAUCUACUCGCCGCAUCUCCGCCAUUAUCACCAUUAAGCUCGCUGUAGUGUUCGUGAUCAGAGGGAGAGUAAGCUCGCCACUGUCGCCGUUCAUGUCCUCGUCAUUGCCGCCAUCAAGCUUCUAUGUCAAUGUCGUUGCUCGCCGUCUUCCUCUGAUCAUUCCGCCGUUGCUCAUCGUCGUGUCAUUUUUUUCUCACCAUCGCCUCCUCUGCUCAGUCCUUUGUCGCAGAUCAUCGCAUCGCCGUCCAGAUCUGUCGUUGCUCAUCAUGGUGUCAUUCUUUUCUCGCAGUUGCCUCCUCUGCUUGCCGCCUCCUCUGGUCUCACUAUUUUCGUUGUUCUUUGCUUUUAGUGCUGUUUAUUUUCGUCUAGUAGCCAAACUUGAGAAAUUGAAUCUAUAUACUAUGUUUGAUUCUGCGUAUGACUUGCAUUGACUGGUAGUGGUAGGUGAUAUCUUCGUGCUUAAGCUAAUUUGGCAGCUCUUCUCGUUAGGAAAACCUUUUUAUUGAUUUAUUCAUUUAUGUAUAUGGAGGACAUGGUUAUGUUCUUCCUAACAGUAAAUUAAAUUAUAAAUUUUAUUGAGUAAAGUAUUGAAUCUUAUUUGAAGAAAAGUUGGCAUAUAAUACAUAGAGUGGGGAAUUUAGUAUGCAAUUCUUUGUGGUUAAUUUUGGUCAAGUGAGAAAAAAAGGAUUGGUCUUUGAAUUCAGUAUAAUUUGUUUGAGAUAUGGUGAACCAUGAGUAGAACAUGUUUGUGAAUUUGCCUUAGUGAAUGUAGGUACACUGCUAUGACUAUCAUAUAAUUAUGAAGUGAGCAUGUAAUAGUUACUCACCGAUUUUAACUGAAAAUUCAUAUUACUUGCUAGUGCGGGAAAGGGAGUAUGGUGUCACAAACAGUUGAGCUCCUCAAGAAUGAGAUUCCUCUGGAGCAGGAGUCAGUGGUAUUAACCGAAGCCACUGUCAAUGGUCUUGUUCUUGUGGACAUCAUAAAUGGAUUCUAUACUGUUGGUUCUGGAAAUCUGGCUCCAAGAGAAGCCAAUAGGCAGAUAUCAGGAAUGAUCAAUAAAUCAGAAAGGCUAGCAAGAUUGUUCUGUGAGAAGAAAUUUUCAGUCAUGGCUUUCCUGGAUUCUCACCACCCUAACAAGUCAGAGGACCCUUAUCCUCCUCACUGUAUUCAAUUCAGAGAUUAGCACUUAUACGAUCUUCUGCAAUUAAGAAAUUUUGUCAACCUAACUUUGGUUGAUCUACCAGGGUUGACUAAAGUUGUUGUAGAAGGACAGCAGGAGAGUAUUGUUCAAGACAUUGAAAAUAUGGUCCGGUCUUACAUUGAGAAGCCUAAUUGUAUUAUACUGGCAAUAUCUCUGGCCAAUCAAGACAUAGCAACUUCUGAUGCUAUUAAAAUUGCAAGGGAAGUGGAGCCAUCAGGUGAGAGAACAUUUGGAGUGUUGACAAAGCUGGAUUUAAUGGACAAAAGAACUAAUGCAUUGGAUGUCCUUGAAGGAAGAUCCUAUCGUCUGCAACAUCCUUGGGUUGGUAUAGUAAAUCGAUCCCAAGCUGAUAUCAAUAGAAACGUUGAUAUGAUUUUUUCUAGGCGCAAGGAGCGAGAGUAUUUUGCCACCAGUCCUGAGUACGGGCACUUGGCAAAUAAAAUGGGUUCAGAAUACCUUGCAAAACUUCUCUCUCAGGUUACAGCUCUAUCAAAAAUAGCUCAGAGUACUCAAAAUGUUGAUCCAAAUGCUGUUGCUGUUUCUCAAACAGCUUCAAUUAUAUGGGAAACAAGUAGUUCAUUUGAGGUUUAGUUACUGUAAAAUUCUUUGUAGUUUCAUUGAGCUUUCAUAUUAGGUAUAAAACUGCCUUGUUUUUUGUGGAUAUUAUUAUAAGUUAGUGGAAAACAAACCUGCUUCAAUUGCUCAAUUUUUUAAGGGCACUCCCAAUCUGGAUAAGAUUGUAACUCUCAUGUAGUGCAAUUUAAUUCUAGAUUCAUGUUUGUUCUUGUAAUAUAUACCUCUUGGUUGUAUUGGGGUAAAAUAACUAUGAAUGGAAGCUCUUUGGAAUUGAUCUAUGUGUA